AGCCUGGCCAACCACAGGCGCGGUGGGCGGUGGCGGGGACCGAGUGUUGGGCUUCUGGCCUGGGAGAGCCAGCCGGGCCGCGACCUGAGGGGCGUCCGGCGGGGUGCAGAAGUGGCUUCUUGCGGUUAGAGUGAAGACACCUGUGGGACCAGCCUCCACUCAUCAGAAGACCACUUCGAGUAACGGAGAUCUACCUCAGCGACAAUGUCCAGCCAGAUCAUCCCAGCCCUCCCCAAAACAUUUUCCAGUAGCCUGGACCUGUGGAGGGAGAAGAAUGACCAGUUCGUUAGAAAAGCUAAACAGCUGACUAGGGAGUCUCGUCCGGCUCUGAGGCGACAGCAGUCGACUCAAGACAUACUGGAAGGGUUUAGGGAGCUCCUCCUCACUCUGCAAGGACUCCCUGCUGCUGUUCCUGCUCUUCCCUUGGAGCUGACUGUCAUCUGUAAUUAUAUAAUCUUGAAGACAAGCCUAGCCCAGGGUUUCACUGAAGAUCUUACCCAAGAUCUUCAAAGGGGCCUAGAAAGAGUGCUGGAGGCGCAGCAGCAUCUGGAGCCCAAGUCACAGGAGGGACUCCAGGAGCUGUGGCACUCUGUCCUCUCUGCCUCCUCCAGUCUGCUGGAGCUACUGCCUGCCUUACACUGCCUGGCCAGCCUUCAAGCUGUCCUCUGGAUGAGUACUGACCGCCUGGGGGACCUGACCUUGCUGUUACAAACCCUAAAUGGCAGCCAGACUGAGACUUCUGAGGAUCUGCUACUAUUGCUAAAAUCCUGGAGCCCUCCAGCUGAGAAGCCACAUGCCCCACUGAUUCUGCAGGAUGCUGAGAGUCUGAGGGAUGUCCUUCUGACAGCAUUUGCCUGCCGCCAAGGCUUCCAGGAGCUAAUCACAGGGAGCCUAGACCAUGCACAGAGCAGCCUGCAUGAAGCAGCCUCAGGUCUGUGUCCACCGUCUGUGUUAGUCCAGGUGUACACAGCGCUGGCGAUGUGUCUCCGUAAGACGGGAAAUCCACAGAGAGCACUCUUGUACUUGACUGAGGCCCUGAAAGUGGGAACAACCUGUGCCCUUCCGCUUCUGGAGGCUUCCAGAGUAUAUAGGCGACUAGGAGACACCGCAGCAGAGUUGGAGAGUCUGGAGCUGCUGGCUGAGGCCUUGAGUGCCACCCAUGGCUCUGAAACAUUCAAACGUCUCAUUGAAGUAGAAUUGCUACUUCCACAACUGGACCCAGCCUCUCCUCUUCACUGUGGCACACAGAGCCAGGCCAAGCACCUGCUAGCAAGUCGAUGCCUACAGAUGGGGAGGGCAGAAGAUGCUGUGGAACAUUACUUGGACCUGCUGGCAAUGUUGCUGGAUGGCUCAGAGCCAAGGUUCUCCCCACCCGCCUCCUCUCUAGGGUCCUGUAUGCCGGAAUUGUGUCUGGAGGCAGCAGCAGCGCUGAUCCAGGCAGGCCGAGCCUCAGACGCUUUGACUGUGUGUGAGGAGCUGCUCAGCCGUACCUCAUCUCUGCUUCCCAAGAUGUCCUCCUUGUGGGAAAAUGCCAGAAAAAGAACCAAAGAACUGCCAUAUUGCCCAAUCUGGGUCUCUGCCACCCACCUGCUUCAGGGCCAGGCCUGGUCACAACUAAAGGCUCAAAAAGAGGCACUUAGUGAAUUUAGCCAGUGCCUUGAACUGCUCUUUCGGGCUCUGCCUGAGGACAAGGAGCAAGGCUCCAACUGUGAGCAGAAGUGUAGGUCUGAAGUGGCACGGAAACAGCUUCGAGUGGCUGCUCUGAUUAGUCGUGGACUGGAAUGGGGAGCCAGUGGCCAGGAUACCAAAGCCUUAGGUGACUUCCUCCUCAGUGUGCAGAUAUGCCCAGGCCAUAGAGAUGGUUCCUUUUACCUACUUCAGACUCUGAAAAGAUUGGAUCGGAAGAAUGAGGCCACUGCUUUCUGGCAGGAAGCCCAAAGUCAGCUGCCACAGGAAGAAGCUGCCGGGUCUCUUCCACUGUAUUUAGAAACCUGUUUGAGCUGGAUCCAUCCCCCUAACUGUGAAGCCUUCCUUGAGGAGUUUGGGACGUCGGUGAUGGAGUCUUGUGACCUUUAGCUUCUUUGUUUCCAGGAGCUUGAACUCUGGCCUCUGGACUCUCUCCUUGGGGAGAGUUUUUUUUUUCUUUGUUUUUUGCUUUUUUUCUGCCUUAUCCUCUUUGGAGAAUGGCUGGAACUGAUUGUUUCUAAGUAACUCCUUCACUCCUGAGGCUGGUCCUGUGAACCUUGAUCUACUUAUUGCCGGUCUAGUUCCAGAAUGGUUCCAUGAACAAAUCACUGUCUGCUUGUGGCACUUUUCUUCCUUCCUUCCUCCCUCCCUGUCUUCUUUCCUUCCUUUCUCUUUUGUGUGUGUUGAGUAAAAUCUUCUAUUUAUGUCUUACCUGCUCACUACACAUAGUUGAAUGGGAAGGAAAGCUCACAGCAAACUAGUUGGGUAUUGGCUGUUUACAAUACUCUAUUUCCAACAUCCAUCUUCUGUCUGCUUUUCCUGUCUCCCUAAUUCUCCGCUUCCCUCCCACUGUCUUUUUGGUAGGUUGGAUUCUGGAGACUAAACUGCAGUUCCUCCCAUAAAUCCUCACUGCCUACCCUUUACCCACCUCACCAUCUACCAUAAGAGCUUGAG